AUGGGUGUCCAAUCAGUUCUAAAGAGAAAGACCGGUGUCAUUGUCGGCGACGACGUGCGCGCGUUGUUCGACUACGCCACCGAACACAAGUUCGCGAUCCCAGCCAUCAACGUGACCACGUCGUCGACCGUGGUGGCCGCCUUGGAGGCCGCCAGAGACAACAAGUCGCCUAUCAUCUUGCAGACGUCCAACGGCGGUGCCGCGUACUUUGCCGGGAAGGGCGUGUCCAACGACGGCCAGAAGGCGUCGAUCCAGGGAUCCAUCGCGGCCGCGCACUACAUCAGAGCCGUGGCGCCAGCGUACGGCAUCCCCGUGGUGCUGCACUCGGACCACUGCGCGGCCAAGCUGCUGCCAUGGUUCGACGGCAUGCUCGAGGCGGACGAGGCCUACUACAAGACGCACGGCGAGCCUCUUUUCUCGUCCCACAUGCUGGACUUGUCCGAGGAGUCGGACGACGAGAACAUCGCCACCUGUGUCAAGUACUUCACCAGAAUGGCCAAGAUGGACCAGUGGCUCGAGAUGGAGAUCGGCAUCACCGGUGGUGAGGAAGACGGUGUCAACAACGAACACGUUUCCCGCGAGGACUUGUACACCAAGCCCGAGACCGUCUUCGCCGUCCACAAGGCCCUCGCCCCUAUCUCUCCUAACUUCUCCAUUGCCGCCGCCUUCGGUAACGUGCACGGUGUGUACAAGCCCGGCAACGUGGAGUUGAGACCCGAAAUCUUGGGUGGCUUCCAAGAGUACGCUGCCCAGCAGAUCGGCAAGCCCGCCAGCGCCAAGCCUUUGUACUUGGUCUUCCACGGUGGCUCCGGCUCCUCCCAAGAGGACUUCAACACCGCCAUCUCCAGCGGUGCCGUCAAGGUCAACGUCGACACUGACUGCCAGUUCGCCUACUUGGAGGGUAUCAGAGACUACGUCUUGAAGUACAAGGACUACCUACAAGCCCAAGUGGGUAACCCAGACGGCGACGAUUUGCCAAACAAGAAGAAGUACGACCCAAGAGUGUGGGUCAGAGAGGGUGAGAAGACCAUGUCCAAGAGAGUCACCGAAGCCUUGGAAGUUUUCCACACCAUCAACCAAUUGUAA